AUGAAAGUUCUGCUUGGAAUAUUUUUACUUGUUCAGGUUUUGUGCGCUGAUAAUAUCGCUGAAGAAGAAGGCGUAACAAUAGAAGACGGAGACUCUUAUACAGUUUCUGCAGAUGAAUUUGGCGAAACUUAUGAUCUGUUAAUAGCUUCAAUCACAGAUUCAGAUUUUGAUGAUCAGCCUACAAGGAUAACAAAUUUAGAUGAAGAAAUUGAGUUUGUUAUGCUUGAUUAUGAUGGACAAAACUACUUACUUUUCCUUUAAAUUAUAAAAAAUAUUGUUUCAAUUAAAAUUUUUAUUUAUUUCAAAAAAAUUACCCAAUUAAAAAAAAAAUAUAAUGCAAUUUUAAUUUAUUUUACAUGAAGAAUAAAUUCAAAAAAUAAUCAAUAAAUCCAAUUGCUUAAUAGUAUUCUAACUAACUUCUCCAUUAAAUUAUAUCAAAGCUGGUAAAUAUGCCCACAUUAAAAGUUUACUAUUUGAAAAUUAAAAUUUUGUCGCAAUUUCAAAGGAGAUUAAUAUACCCAGAAAAAAUGGAAAUUUUACUGAUAUUUGCUCCAAUUUAAGGGCAUGAGCUAGUUUCUGUUGAUGAAGAUUUUUUAUUAGACUAUUAUAGUGAUGAAGGCGAGUCUCAAGAAUCAUCAUCAUUUUUGGAAAUAAAGCUCAGAGAAUAA